GCGGCGCGCCGGGAGCCUUGGUAACGCGCGGGCCGCGUGUGGCGAGUGCGGGUGUUGGGGGACCGUUCUGCCUCGCCAUGAAGAUCGAGGAGGUGAAGAGCACCUCGAAGACGCAGCGCAUCGCCGCUCACAGCCAUGUCAAGGGGCUGGGGCUGGACGAGAGCGGCACGGCCAAGCCGGCGGGGGCCGGGCUGGUGGGGCAGGAGAACGCGCGGGAGGCUUGUGGGGUUAUAGUGGAACUAAUCAAAAGCAAGAAAAUGGCUGGCAGAGCUGUGCUGUUGGCAGGACCUCCUGGAACCGGCAAGACUGCUUUGGCUUUAGCUAUUGCUCAGGAACUGGGAAGUAAAGUCCCCUUUUGUCCUAUGGUUGGUAGUGAGGUCUAUUCCACUGAGAUCAAGAAAACAGAAGUUCUCAUGGAAAACUUCAGGCGUGCCAUUGGGCUGAGGAUUAAAGAAACCAAGGAGGUUUAUGAAGGUGAAGUCACAGAACUGACUCCAUGUGAGACUGAAAAUCCUAUGGGGGGAUAUGGCAAAACCAUCAGCCAUGUAAUUAUAGGACUCAAAACUGCAAAGGGAACUAAACAGCUGAAGCUGGACCCAAGCAUAUUUGAAAGCUUGCAGAAGGAGCGAGUGGAAACUGGUGAUGUUAUUUAUAUUGAAGCAAACAGUGGAGCCGUCAAGAGGCAAGGCAGGUGUGAUAUCUAUGCUACAGAAUUUGACCUUGAAGCUGAAGAGUAUGUUCCCUUGCCAAAGGGUGAUGUGCACAAGAAAAAGGAAAUUAUUCAGGAUGUCACCCUGCAUGACUUAGAUGUGGCCAAUGCUCGACCUCAGGGUGGGCAAGAUAUCCUUUCUAUGAUGGGACAAUUGAUGAAGCCUAAGAAAACUGAAAUUACUGACAAACUUCGAGGAGAGAUAAAUAAGGUGGUAAAUAAAUACAUCGAUCAAGGCAUCGCAGAGCUAGUCCCAGGUGUGCUCUUUGUAGACGAGGUUCAUAUGCUGGAUAUCGAAUGUUUCACAUACCUGCACCGAGCACUGGAAUCUUCUAUUUCCCCUAUUGUCAUAUUUGCUUCCAAUCGAGGAAACUGCGUUAUCAGAGGCACAGAGGAUGUAGUGUCUCCUCAUGGAAUACCACUGGACCUACUGGACAGAGUGAUGAUUAUCCGAACCAUGCUCUAUACCCCACAAGAAAUGAAGCAGAUCAUAAAACUUCGUGCUCAGACAGAAGGAAUUAAUAUUAGUGAAGAAGCUCUGAACCAUUUGGGGGAAAUCGGCACCAAGACAACCUUAAGGUAUUCCGUGCAGUUACUGACCCCAGCUAACCUGCUUGCCAAGAUUAAUGGGAAAGACAGCAUUGAGAAAGAGCAUAUUGAAGAAAUAAAUGAACUUUUCUAUGAUGCCAAAUCCUCAGCAAAAAUCUUGGCUGAUCAACAGGAGAAGUAUAUGAAAUGAAGAGCUUAUCAUGUUAGAUGCUUUGAAGUGGUUUUAACCCUUACCCGGGGCUGGCUUAAUUAAUGAAUACGAAACAUUAAUGGUUUGUCUCUUUUGGGACUGAAAGAUAUUUAAAUGUUGGACUGCUUUGUCAGCCCAGAAUUAGCUGUCAAGUGUUCCUGUUUCAUUAUCAACAAUAAGAUGCUCCAUUAUGUCUCUGUAACAUCUCAGUCUCCUUUUUAUGAGUGUAUAUGAAACAAAUAGCUCUUGACCCAUUGGUUUUGUCUUUAGAUUUAAUUACAGAAGAUGUCUAACUGAAGUUGAUGCUUAAGAACAGUCUAUUUUCGUUAUGAAUGUUGUUUUAAAAUAGUUUCCUUUUACAGAUGAGAACUUGGGGUUUUUUUUUUGAAUAAAAGUUUGUCUGAAGUGCUUUAUAAUAAAAUAUCUCAAGAAUAGUAGCAGCUUAUGUGUGUUUGCCCUGGGUGCUGACCUGCCUAAAGCAAUAGUCAAAAUCACUUGGACUUAACAAACCCAAAUACAAGUAAAAUGAAUCUACAACACCAAAGUAGAUUUACAGCAAAGGAAAGAAAUUGAAAUGGGACCUUAAGUGUUUACUUUUCUGUAAGUCUUGUUUUUUAUUUUCUGAAGCCUUCUUUGGGCAAUGCAGCAAUAGGUAAUAGGAAUUAUCUUAGCCCUUUCCUCCAGAGUAACUUAUCCUUUAUUUGGGUUUUUUUAACGCAGAUUAAAUAAAAAUUGCAUUUCAGCAUGGUUAACUAUUUUUUUCACUAUGUUCUGUCCCCGCUUUGCUGACCACCCAGGAACAGGAAAAAUAUUGCAAACUAAAAAUGUAUGAAUAUUCAUAUAUAAAAAUGAAAGUUAACAGAAUGAUGGUGAAAAGAACAACUCAAUAAUUAAUGUUUGAAAUCCUGCUCUGUACAGACAUUGUAUGAACUUAGCCAUAGUCUCUUGUUCACCAAGUACACUUCCUUGUUUUGCAAAGCAUGGAUACUUGAUUGCUUCACAGCGCUCCGAGGAUAAAUGAUUUAAAGAUUAAGAUCCUCGUAACACUCAAAUACAAAUCUAGGUAACCAAGUAAAUGGAUUAAGUAGGAAUAAAGUGUAAGAGCCUUAUAAAGGGACUAAUGUCACAUUCCUUAUUAGAACCUUUGGUGUUUUAAAACACUUUAUGUACACUUACCCCAAGAACUAUGCUUAUUUAAGUAAGGUCGGAAGGGAAGAAAUAAUGACUUGUCAGAGGAGCCCAAUUUUAAGUACCCUUUUUAGCAGUUGCACAUUGAAGAAGUAAGUUUUCAAUUAAUUUUAAUCCACAUUCCUAAAUGAGAAGUUUUCUGCGGAGUGAGAAAUGUAAAGCUACAGCACCUUCCGUAAAUCUUUCAGUCAUCACUUCCUCACAGCGGGAGAAUCUCAGUAGUGUUGCACAAGGCAGACACCAGCA